AUGGAACCAUUGCCACGGGCUAACCCCAGCACAGCUGUGGGGCUGGGCCUAGUGCCCAAGCAGCUCUCAGCUGUCACUUGUGCCCCUAUCCUUGUUUACAUGCUUGGGUGUUCAAAAAAUAAACUGAAACUACGUAAAGACUUGUUGAACUGUUUGAGAACACCUGAUACCAUGUUGAAUCACGUGAUCACCACGUGCAAUCACGUGUUGUCUCAAUCACAGUUUAAAAAACAUAAAAGCCGCAUUUGGGGUUCAGUUGGCUCUCUUGGUUUAGAUGCUCCUCAUCUGAAGAUGAUGCCUACAUUAAGAUGCCUGGUAUUUCUAUGCAUAGUUACAGAAAGUUUACAAAUUAGAAAUCUGUCCGCAUUGAAUGAGAAAAGAAUUACUCGGGUCUACUCUGGUUUGUUCAAAACUGAAAAGGAGAUUUAUGAUCUGACAGAAAAAAUAAGGAAGGCUUCAGGUGUGGUCUAUCAUGGCUGCUGUAGAUCGGUAUCCUCCGUGCAUUGGUAUGACCAGCUCCCCAACGUGCUCGGACAGAACGUCACUCUGGUCAGUUUCAACACCCGGCAGCAAUAUUUUCUCAGAGAAGUAUGCCUGACGUCCUCCGAAUGUUCUUGUGAUUGCACCUGUACUCUGAUGACCCAGACGUUUACAGCCCUGGUGUACAACCCCCUCUACCCCCAGUUUAGUAGCGAGCCGGUCAUCUUGGACAUUGUUUUAGCGCCGUCCUACUGUCGGUGUUUCAACAAUUUCCCUCCUCAGGUUCUAGCCAGCUCUCCGAUAUCUAGUCUGUAGCGAGGGGAGGGGGGUGCGGCCAGCAGCGGAUGACACCCGACCUAGUGACGCCACUUUGUUAAGUCUACGCUACACACAAAAAUUUUUCAUAAAAAACGUUUUAAUAACAAGCUUUUAUGUAAUAAUGCACUAAAAAGUAGAAAAUAAAUUAUAGACUACUAUUUAAAUAACUAUAAAGAAAAGCGUGAGCCACUUUAGUACUUUAGUACCUUUACUAAUAUUUCGGAAGAGACCCACGCUUUUCUUUAUAGUAAUUUAAAUAGUAAUGUAUAAUUUAUUUUCUACUUUUCAGUGUAUUAUUGCAUGAAAGCUUAUUAUUAAAACGUUUUUAUGAAAAAAAAUUUUAAGUACUUUACAUGUUUUUAUUUAAAAUAGAGUUACAUGACUAAUAAAAACUUGUUAUUAAAACGUUUUUCAUGAAAUUGGUUUUAGUACCUUAAAUGUUUUUAUUUACAAUAGAGUUACAUGACUAAAAACCAUUGCGCAGCUAUUUAACGUGAUGAAGCGCUUUUGCCGUGAUGACGCGUGUGCAUAGAACUGCAUACUAAUUUGGUCAAAAUUUUAAUCUAUCUAUCUAUCUAUAUAUGUAAAAAGCAAUGUAUGUGUGGCAGUGUGUUUGUUUGUCCUUUAUGCAUUACUACACCUCUCAUCACAUCGCCGUGAAACUUUG